UCUAUUCCUUUAACUCAAAUAAAGUCAGCUAAAAAAUAAUACGAUUUCUAAUGUCUUUUCUCAUUCUUUUCUGCAUAUAUCUCGAUACAGUUGUUAUAAAGUGUAGAAUAUUUAAACAAUUUGGCUAUAAAUAAACCCGGAUAUAUUUACGGAUCAAUCCGGUUUUUGUUUUAGAUUUUAGACACUGCAUUAUUUUUAUUUUGCUCAUUGCAGUUGCAAAGAUGCCAGAAAGAGGAGAUUCUGAGGUUUUCUCAAAUCCACUUCCUCCAGAAAAUCAUCACUAUAGUGAUGAUGAGGAUGAAGGACAUCCCCUGACCAAUGAUGACUUUAGGAAAAUGAUGAUGACCCCUCGGGGGCCAGGACCAGCAGCAAAACAACAACAUCAUCAUCAACACAAUCAACAACAUCAGCAACAUUCAUCUGUCCCUAAGAAACACUCAAGCAGUAGUAGUAAUACAAUAUUAGAAUUACCCAAAGACAAUGAGGAUGAUGAUGCAGGGACCAGAAGAAGGAAAAAGAAAAUUUACUAUGCUAAACUUAAACGAAUGGAAGAAGAGAAACAGAAGGAGCUUGAAGAGAAAUACAGAGAUAGGGCUCGAGAAAGACGUGAUGGUCACAACAAAGAUUACGAAGAAACAGAAAUUGUUAGUACUACAGCUGAUUACAGAGCUGUUGCUCCAGAUGUUAAGGCAGGAGAAAACUAUGCUGAAAGAAGAAAACAAGUAAUCCAGGAAUCUAAGUAUCUUGGUGGUGAUAUGGAACAUACCCAUUUGGUCAAAGGUUUAGAUUUUGCCUUACUAGAAAAGGUUCGUGCAGAAAUCAGCAAUAAAGAGAAAGAAGAUGAAGAAGCAAUGGAGACAGCUGUCACUCAGAAAAAGGAAGAGAAACCAGAAGAAACAGGCCCAAAAAUAGAAUUCAGGACUAAAAUGGCAAGGAACAUCUACAAAACUUUAUUUCAAUCCAGACUCCCGGAGAGGAACGAGUUAUUUUUACCUAAACGUAUGGCCUAUGUUGUUGACCUUGAGGAUGAGUACGCUGACAGUGAUGUACCAACCACUAUCAUAAGGAGUAAAGCAGACUGUCCUACAGUUGAUUCUACAACAACAUUAACCACAAAUGACAUUGUCAUCAAUAAGUUAACACAGAUUUUGUCAUACCUUAGACAGGGAAGAAGGGAAAGUAAAAAACUGAAAAAGAAGGAGAAAGGUAAACUGAAAGAAGAAGAGAAAGCCAAGUUAACAGGAGGUGAUGACAAUAUCUACAAUGACAUUGGAGAUUAUGUUCCUACUUAUAACAAAGUCCAGGAUAAGAAAGAUAGAAAGAAAGACCGUCGGGAUGACGACAGAGAGAAGGGACGAGAUAGGGACAGACAGAGAGAGAGGGGAGACGAUCGUAGAGAUAGAGACAGGGACAGACAUGGUGAUAGGAGAGACAAAGGUGACCGAGACAGACGGGACAGAGAUCGUAGAGACAGAGAUAGAGAUAGGGACAGGGAAGACAGGAGGAAGAAAACAUAUUUUGAAAAGCCUGUGGAGGAGGAUGAAGAUCAGAAACAAGGUCAAUCAGCUACUCAAGUGGUUCAGUCCAUUAAUGAGAAGUUUAAGAGUUUUGCUGGUAUGGUAGAAGAAGAAAAGGAGAAAGAAAAAGGCAGCACUAAACUACAGAAGCUGAAAGGAAAGAUUGAUCAUUACGGAUACGAUGAAUGUUACCCUGGUGAAUGGCAGAUGCAGGAUACACUGGAUGAUUCGGAUGAUGAAGUGGACUAUAGUAAAAUGGACCAAGGAAAUAAAAAAGGUCCAGUGGGUCGAUGGGACUUUGACACACAAGAAGAAUACAGUGAUUACAUGUCUAACAAGGAGGCACUUCCUAAGGCAGCGUUUCAAUAUGGAGUUAAGAUGGCUGACGGAAGAAAAACCAGGCGAGCAGGACCUAAAGAUGAAAAGGCCGAACUAGAUAAACAAUGGCAGAAAAUUCAAAAUAUACUAAACAAACGUAAAACAGGAGAAUCAGGUGAUUCAGGUGGCAAAAAACCUAAAUAUUAAAAAGAGAAAACCUGUUCAACAAGACUGUUAGAAGCAGAAACUAUUGAUGACAACGAGUAAAAGGAGUCUUUUUAAUCUCUAGAUUUAAUACAAAUGUGUCUAAGUUUUUGAUUAAUCUCUAGAUUUAAUACAAAUGUGUCUAAGUUUUUGAUUGUAUGAUUGAACAUUAUAAUUUUAAGAAUUAAACAUGAUAGUGAUGAUUGGGGUUGAUUAUUUAUUGUUGUAUAUUAGUGAAUGUAUUCAUAAGAUAGGUAUUUUUGUUAGGGGAGGGACUUGUAACCAAUGCUGAUUUUACAGAAAAAAAUGAAAUUAUCCUUACAUGAGAGUUAAUCGUUCAGAAAAUUCAAUCACUUCUUGAAUUAGUUGAGGGAGUAUAAAUUUAUGUGUCACUAUUUAAAUCAGUUUAAUUCAAUCACUUCUAGAAUUAGUUGAGGGAGUAUAAAUUUAUGUGUCACUAUUUAAAUCAGUUUAAUUUUGUUCUUUCACCCACCCUUAUUUGACCUUGACUCUGUUUUGUGACCUUGAACAAUAAUCAUGAAUACUAUGUAUAAAAUAUAUGUUUUCAUUACAUAAAAUAUGAAUUUUGUUUUCAUUGAUGAGUACAGGUUAUUUUUCAUUAAGCAAGAUAGGCUGGCCAU